AUGGAUUAUAAGCGUAAAUGGUAUUUACCUAUAUUUUCGGUUAGAAACCCCAACAAGCCAAAAAAGACAAGAUUGGUUUGGGAUGCUGCUGCUGUCUACAAAGGAUUUUCUCUAAACGGAUGCCUGGAGAAAGGACCUGAUUUAUUAAGACCGCUCACGAAUAUCCUUUACAAUUUUCGCAUCGGUAAGAUCGGCAUCUGUGCGGAUAUCUGUGAAAUGUUUCACAGAGUCAGUAUAGACGAGGAGGAUCAGCAUGCACAAAGAUUCCUUUGGCGUGAUUGCGAUGACUCUCGAGCGCCAGAUGUCUACGUCCUGAAGGUUAUGUCAUUCGGAGCCAGCUGCUCACCAUCAAUCGCACAGUACGUCAGAGUUAAAAACGCGGAAGAAUCUUUACAGGAGUUUCCAAGGGCUGCCAAGUCAAUAAUUGAACGGCAUUACGUGGAUGACAUGUUGGACAGCGCUGAUAGUCCACAAGAAGCCAUCCAGCUGGCCAGAGAUGUAAAGGAGGUGCAUAAUCGCGGUAACUUUCACAUCAGAGGUUGGGUCUCAAACUGCGCCAAGGUAGUUUACGCUCUCGGCGAGACUGAACCUAUGAACGAUUUCUGUAAAGCCGGGAAAACAAUCGACCAAGUGGUAGAACCAGAAAAGGUGCUCGGGUUGUGGUGGCAAACGAGCAACGACGUGUUCACAUUUAACACGAAGUUUACCAAGGCAAGCAACGAAAUCUUAAGAGCCGAAAGACUACCGACUAAGGGGGAACUACUCCGACUGCUGAUGUCAAUAUAUGACCCACAAGGAUUUCUGUCGUUUUAUACGAUUUGCAUAAGAACAUUGUUGCAAGACAUACGGAGAAGUGGUAUUAAUUGGGAUGACACAAUUCCUGAAGAAUUUGCAUGCAGAUGGAAACAAUGGCUCUCAAUAUUUAAGCAUGUCUGCGAGGUGAAAAUUCCGAGAUGUUACUUUGGCAACUUUAAAAACGAUGAUUGUAAAGUCGAGCUACAUGUUUUCGUGGACGCAAGCGAGUCUGCAAGCGCAGCUGUGGCCUAUUUCAGGAUUUUGAACGAUCACGGAAUUCAUGUGGCUCUAGUCAGCUCGAAGACUAAGGUUGCGCCUUUGCGCCCAAUAUCAAUACCGCGAAUGGAAUUGACCGCAGCGGUUCUAGGAUCACGCCUAGCAAAUGCGAUUGUUCAAGGGCAUGACUUCGAAAUUCACGAUACACAUUUUUACACAGAUUCAAAAACAAUACUGACUUGGCUGCGUUCCGAUCCACGUAAAUACAAACAAUUCGUAAUGUUCAGGGUAGCUGAAAUACAAGAAAAUAGAGACAUAUCAAAAUGGCAUUUCGUGACCACCAAACAAAACGCAGCGGAUGCAGCAACCAAAUGGAAAAAUACAAAUGAAUUUGCUCCACCUAAUGCAUGGUUUACCGGCCCGGAUUUUUUACGGCUGCCACAGGAAAGGUGGCCAAAGUAUGAGUCUGUUACGUGCAAGAUUAAUUCUGCGAAGGAAGAAGAGAAUCUAUGGUUACAAUGUGCCGUUCAAUUCAACGUUAAGCCUAUCAUUGAUGUUAACAAAUUUUCCAAAUGGGAACAUUUGGAGAGAUGUGUAGCCUACGUAAGACGUUUUAUCGAAAACUGCAGGAGUAAACGGCGUCUACAAGUUAAUCCGUCGUCCAAGCCAGCCAACCUGACCGGCGACGAGCUUCUCUGGAGCCGCCGUUUCCUCUACCGCCUUGCUCAAGCCGAUGCGUACCACCACGAUAUCAUUAAUCUGAAAAAAGACCCUAGAUGCACAUUGCCGAAGUCUAGUUCGCUAAGAAAGCUAUCACCAUUUCUCGACGAUGACGAAAUAGUUCGUAUGCGCAGCCGCUUGGAAAGGGCUCCCAUAGAAGAUUCGGCAAAAAAACCCAGUCAUUUUGCCAAAAAUAAUUGA